GUGUCUUUUCUUAUGGCGAAAAACAUCGGUCGUAUUCAUGAACCAAACGAUCUAUCAAGUGAAAUCCAAAACACAAAUGAUGUCGCUCAUAAUGGAAAACAUAUUGACGUACAGUGCUUUCCUCUUGCUUCUUAUAUCGCGGCGCUAAAUGUCACCACAGUUGAUUACUUCAGUCUGGAUGUUGAAGGAAAUGAAAUGGAUGUUCUCCAAACCAUUCCGUUUGAUAAAGUCGAUAUAAAAACGCUCUCUGUUGAAUAUACACACGUGAAAUCCGGUAAAGAAAAAAUGGUAGAAUUCAUGUCAAAAAAUGGGUACUAUGUUUAUUCAUUUGUAAAAAAACCCAAUAAUCUGGCAAAUGACAUUAUAUUUGUAAAACGUGACUCAUAA